AUGGGCAAAAUCACCAAGACGAUGCAGUCCAAGCACAAGGAGACCUUGUCUCCUUGGCUAAAAAACUACGUCGAAACUGCCUCCACCAUAGAUCUACCUUCCCUACCGCGCCACCUAUCGACAUUUCCAUCAAGGUGGCCAUUCGGACGUGGAGAUUUGUAUCACUGGAUACCGCUGCUCAACCGAUUCGACAGCAUUCUGGACCAUUUCAACAGGACUUACGAGCUGAACCAGGGCCCACAGCCUCGGGCUUUCGCCACAGACGUCCUCCUCAACAAUGCAAAGGAUUCGCCAUUCAGUAGCGAGAAGCAGUGGACAAAUACGGAGCUUCAAGAGCUUGGCUUCCCGACUGAUGGUGACAGAGUGUUGAUAGAGGCUGUUUUGCUGUUCACCCGCAUGCUUCUGGAACACUGUGGCAACCGCAGCAUCUAUGCCAGCAGCCCGCACCUCAACGACCUUCUAAACAGCACUGCAUUGUCUGUUCUCAUUUCAGCACUAGAAGUGGGCUCGGAAUUGGCCCAGAGGUAUCAGGCUUCUGUCAAAAGGAUCGGAAAUGCCUCCCGUCAAUUAAGCUCUGUGCUGUUGGCAAACCAUUACAAUAUCGAUAUCGAGCGAGUCCAACAAAUCGCGCUGCCGUUUGUCAAGACCCCAAUAGUAAGCCUGGCCGACUCUGCGUCAUCAAUGACCCCUGCAUCGAACAAGGGAAAGGAAAAGGCACACGGGAGUAUCAGUAGCAGAAUCUCGACUCCGACUCAUGCCAACGACCUUGUUGCAAUCGCCACUUGCGACGAUGCGAUGUGGCAGGGAUGGGGCGAUGUGAAAAUACUAUACUUUCCACAAGGUGGCCACGCCAGCGUCGACGUGUCGAAUGAAACUGGCCGAACGUCACUUCCGUCAACACCAACCCCCUUACGUCGCAGUCACACCGUUGGUAGCCAGCAAAACACUCCCCGAGCUCGAAAUAUUGCUGUCGAUGACUCAUCUCCUGUUUUGCCCCGAACGCCAGCCGUUCCAGAAGAACACGUCAUCCCAGGCCAAAAGUCAUUUGAUUUGCCAAAGUCCGUGGUGUUGACUUCAUCCAUCUAUGACCUGGUCAAACGAUGCCCCGACGACAUGCCGGCUGCUGCCAAAUAUGAGCUUUUUCACCGAGUCCGAGUUGCAAAGGCACUCACAGACUCGCUCGAGUCUCGGCAGAAAAUACUCGCGAUCCGGCUACUUGCCAUUACCAACCUCGCCUAUAUCCACACCGAAUCAAUCUUUGUGGACAAGGUUCUUCGUCACGACAUCGACGAGACCAGGAGAUACCAGCUGGUCUAUCAGCUUGCGGAGCUGAUACACCCCUCGGCUGACGGGCAUUCAAAAAUACCGCUAUGGCUUCAGACGUUUGCGUUAGCUCUCCUGGAAGCUGUCUCGGGAUUCCAUGCGCGGUGCCAAGAUGUCUUGUCUGCCUUGAACGCCAAUGUCAACCACGGAAUUUUGCUCUACGUCAUUAGAAAGGCUGUAGCGGGCAUGCAGGUUGAUGAUACGACCGACAUUGGUGACCAGGCCAGCGAAGCAGACGACUGGCGUAACAAUCUCUUUUCUUUGACUUUGCACCUGUCCAUGGCUACCCGCGUAGGAAGUGAAAUGGUUUCGGCUGGUCUUAUGGAUAUCCUGGUUGAAAUCCUCCACAUUCGGUCUCAAGUAGCACAGCGACAUCAUUCCAUGGUUUUGGCAUUUUUAGAUGGUCUUAUUUGGACAUAUCAAAAUGCAUUUACUGCCUUCUUCAACGCCGGCGGUUUAGGCGCGGUUGCACAACUCCUAGUGGACGCUGUCGCAGAAGCUCAGUCGUCGUUACAGUCAUCCAAAGGUGUCAAGCCCGACCAACAGUCUUUGGCGGUUGACUACGAAAUUCCUUACUAUCAGCAACAGACUCUUAAGUGGCUUCUCAAAUUUGUCCAUCACGUCAUGUCCAACUCAUAUAGCUACGGUGGCAACACAGACCGCCUGCUGAGAAACUUAGCAGAAAAGUCUGACCUGCUGCACAGCCUGAGAGAAAUUAUGGCUAAUAAACGGAGCUUUGGAUCGGUGGUGUGGACCAAUUCAGUCACGGUACUAAGCGAUUUCAUCAACAACGACCCAACGAGUUUUGCUGCCAUAUCCGAGUCCGGCAUGAUUAAGACAUAUCUCGAGGCAAUCACCGGUCAGCCUGUGCCAGAGCAGCAACAAGGUGGAGAGUCGAAGCAUACUGAACAACACCAACAGGAUGAGGAUGAUGCUGAGUCUCCCGACUCUUCUGCUGCCGCCGCUUCGGUUGCAGACGAAGACGACCGGCCGCAUCCCCCCCCAGAUGAUCAAAUUCGCCGGACUAGGCGCAACAAACCUGCCGAAGGUAUUUUAGCCUCCUCAGAGGCCAUCAAUAUCGUACCUCAGGUCCUGAAUUCCAUCUGUCUGAAUAAUAUGGGCAUGAAGUUGGUUGUCGCUUCUCGGGCCUUUGACAGCUAUCUCGAGAUUUUUGAGAGCGCUCAGCACGUGUCGUGCAUGGAGGCGGACAGUGAUUUGGCGAGCAACGUUGGCGCCAACUUUGAUGAGCUUGCCCGCCACCAUCCACCACUCCGAACAUCUAUCUCGAAUGCUGUCAUCGACAUGGUUGCCAGAGUACGGUGGCUGGGAAUUGAGAGAGGAAUGGAGUCUGACUGGGGUGCCAGACUGUACGUCACCACCGCGGAGGGAGCUGUCGUCACUGUUCACCCAGACGGACACUUCAUGAAAGCACCCACGGCAGAGACUGCUCCUGAUCGACAAGGUGCUACCACCGAAGGAGUGGAUGUGGACAUGGCUGAUGCAGCUCCUACAAACGAAACUGCCAAUGACAAGAACAGAAAGUCUCAAAAUCUCGCUCCCGCGCAAUCACUGACGCCAUAUAUUCAUGGUCUAGCUAAUUUUUUGACCGGCUAUUUGUCCAACUCUCUGCUCAAGGUCAACUUUGUGAAAAAGGGUGGCAUUGAGCUCCUUCUUGACUUGUGCGAGUCACCAAGCCUUGACGCAUCAUUUUGCGACUCAUCUGCUUCCAGAGUUCUCAACCAAGUCAUCACUCAGUUGAUUGAGCACUCUCCUGUCCGGGGUCUGCCCUCACUCUUACGCCGGGCGCAGUCAAAUAUUGACACGUUGAAACCGCUCGCAGACAAGUUCCAGGCUCUCCCUCCAUACUUUGGUGCCUUCCUUGCUACAGAUCUGCACGUCUGGAGCGAUGAUCACGAACAGUCCAAGGUUGUUCGCCAAGCAACGCACAAGAUCAAAGCGCUGUUGAACGCGCAGACUUUGAUCAAGAUCAUUUCCGACUGCUUUACCACGUCGAGGUCUAAUGCCUUGCAGUUCUAUCCAGUGAACAUAUAUGAUUAUUACUUGAAGCUGGUCAAGUCCAUUGGACCAUUGUUGCGAGGUAUCCUGGCCGAGGAGGCAGGCGAGCUCUCUGUUAUACCACAGCAUUGGUCAUUACGUCGUCAGGGCUUUCUCGGCGUUGGCAACACAACUGAGGGACGUGAUGCGGCGGGAAGCGACGAAACCUCGAUUCCGGAUCUGCUCAACGAUGCCACCAGAAGCUGGCCCUCUGUUGAUGGCACUGACACUCCUGCACCCGUUCAGCCUACGGACCAAGAGCGCUCAAGCGCCCGGUUCAUGAACUACGAGAUCUUGCACACACUCUUACAUCCAAUGAUCCCAACGUCCUUCCCCUUGUUCCAAUCAUUAGGCAAAGCCCUCUUGCCCAGACGAGAGCCAGACCAUCUGGAUCCAUUCCCUCGCCCGAGACAGUUGGAGAUUGCCAUGGCUUUGGCGGAUACCGUCCUAUCGCAACUUAGUCCAUCAGUCGCUCGGGCUGAGCCAACAUCCAAAGACUUUCAUUAUUGGAUUAUUAUGCUUCACACGAUUCAUGAAAUGCUAAUUGACCACCCCUCACCACGACAAAGCGACAGGCCCACUGCGCAGAUUAUCAUGCCAGUCCUCCUUGCGUUUAAAGAGCAAGGUGGUCUUGACGUGCUGAAUUCUAUGCUGAGAGUCUUGGCAAACUCUGUGAAGGCGGGGCCAGAUGGCAACGCAGACGAAACGUCGAAAUUCAAGGUCGCGGCGUUUGGACUUAAGAAAGUCCUUGAUCUCUACUACGUCCUGGUGAAUGGAAAGUACUUGUCGGACAGCAGCAACCAUUUCAACCUUUGUCGCCAGGCUGACCGUUCACAAAAUAUUCCAAACGUAGCCCAGCAGAUUGUUGUUGAAUUUCGUGCAGCAAUUUUCCCUGCCAUCGUGGAGCUAUGGACGUCCAACUUUAUCGAAAAAGUUCCCGAUGCUACGGUGAAGAGACUUCUGGAUAUUAUCAAGAUUGUGUGUACCGCUGAGCACGAGCCUCAGUCAGUCCCUGAAGAUGCCAAAGCGCCCUUGAAGCUUUUCAAGUACACUGAUGCCAGAUUCAACUGGGCAUACGUUCAAGGCGUGGUGAAAGAGGCCAUAGAUUCAGGUUAUGAGGAGGAUCUUGUUCAUGAGGCAGUCUAUAGAGCCAAUGGGAACAGCACUCUGGCCAUCGAGUAUUGUCGGGCUCAUACGGAUGGUCUCGCAGGGCCUCGCAAUCCUAUCCCUGACGAGGAUGCAGACAUCUCGGUGCUACAACAAGAAUCGCCAACGGCUCGAGAGGAACAUACCGUUGCUGCUCCUGACUCGGAUCAAAUGAUCUUGGAUUCUCUUCCUGACAUAUCUGCUGAUAACGUGGUUGAAUAUGUCGAUCGACAUAUUGGAAAUGUCCGGGCCGACAAUGACAUCCCAUCAGAAACCACCGGUGCAACAUCAUCAAAUCACAAGGAUGACCCCUCUGAUAAUGUCCCUUCUGUGGAUUUUUUUGUGGUCAAGGAGGAGCUUGAUAACAUGCGGUCCAAGAUUCGUGGACAGUUGAUUGACCAAUGUCUGGACGUAAUUCGAACUCAUCCCGAGACAGCCAUCGAAGUUUCAGAUUUAGUGUCCGCCACUAUUUUGCGACGACAUAAUCAAGAAGCCCAGGAAGAGGUUGCCAACACGCUCACGCUAGCCCUUUCCUCUCUAGCCCUGGACGAGAGUGAGAAGCGGCGAAAUGGCAAAUGUAUCGCAGCCUACGCUCACCUCUUGGCUCUGCUGUUACAGGAUGAGCAUUUCUUUGAGCACAAUACGGAAACACUCGCUGAUAAGGUAGACGAGUAUGUUGGCUUCUUGAGAGUCCCACUUUCAUCGUCCACCGACGAACUGCCGCCCUGGAUCCCUUACAUUCUGCUUGUACUGGAGGUUCUUCUCUGUCAUGAUGAACGGCCAAUUCCGGCACAGUGGAGGCCGCCAAAAGCCCUGGAAGACCCCGUUUCUGAGCCCGUCGUUCGUCAAGGUCUGCCACUGGUUUCUGACGAGAGUCGUACCAAAAUUGUUGAAUCGCUACUUGCCUUGCUGCCUCGGAUCGGCAAGGAGGAAAUUUUGGCUACUGCAGUACUGAGAGUGCUUGUGAUCCUGACUCGGAAGCGAAGCCUCGCCAAGGUCAUAGGUGAGAAGAAGAACCUCCAGCGAUUAUUCCUGAUGGCAAAGCAACUAUCAGGCUCUGGCUCGGAGCGUCUCAAACAUACGAGGCUUACUGCACAUAUCGUCACCAUCCUAAGGCACGUCAUAGAAGACGAGGAUGUAAUCAAACAAAUUAUGCGCGCAGAGAUCCAAGCGGACUUUCCCAACCUGCUUAGAAAUCAGCGCGGUCACCCUGAUGUGUCAUCGUACCUCCGAGCCAUGGCACCCGUUGCCCUUCGCGCCCCGGAUCUGUUUGUGGAAGUGACGAAUGAGCUGCUUCGAUUCCAAAGAUGGGUAGCACCAUCAGGAGAUUCUAACCGAUCGCAGUCCUUGACUUGGAAAGACCAGAAAUUUGGCCCAACAACCGAAGCAGAAGAUGAGCCAACUACGGAUGAAUCUGCGAAGAAUGCAGUACAAGCGUCAACCGAGCCUGCCGACAAGGAAAUGGCCGACAUCCCAAAGCCACACCACGAUAUUAAGCGACCGGUUGUAGAAAAUCCCGAUGGAGUAAUUCAUUUCCUGCUGUGCGAGUUGGUCAAUUAUCGCGAAGUAGAUGACAAGGAGCCCUCUGCGCCUUCUGUCAACCUCAACGCAGCGGCAACUCCAGCCUCAAACUUGGACGAUUCUGGAUUCAAGGAUAACUCCGCAGUUGAUGGCAAGGACAAGAAACAAUCAAAACCUUUGUUCAAGGCAGAGGAGCAUCCCAUAUUUGUUUACCGAUGUUUCCUGCUCAAUUGUUUGGCAGAACUCCUCCAGAGCUACACGCGGACCAAGGUCGAAUUCAUCAACUUCAAGCGCAGUGCGCCACCGUUGUCCAAUACCACUCCAAUCAAGCCGAGAACAAGCAUCUUGAACUAUCUGAUUUACGAUUUGCUGUGCCAAGGGAAUCUCAACGGCACUGCUGACACCAUUACUUCUAAGAAAAAGGCCGCGACAUCGUCCUUGACUCAAAAAGUCCUAGUAGCGCUCGUGUCCAAGACCAGUGAAAAGGUUGCAGACCGCAGAGCUGACAAGUUUGCUUACGAUGACGAACCCGAUUUAUUGUUUGUCCGAAAGUUCGUGCUGGACACAAUACUGAAGGCUUAUGAGAAGGCACCGCUCACUGAUGAGCCUCUUGAAACGCGAUAUUCCCGGAUGCAGUGCUUGGCUGAACUCAUGAACCACAUGAUUGGUGAGAGGGAUAGAGACCAGAAUCCUAGUUCAAGAGGCGGCGACAGUCUUCAGUCACGCUCACAGGCGCAGCUUCGUCGCUUGAUGUACGAAAAGGGCUACGUCGACAAGCUCACGUCAUCAAUUGCCGAGAUUAGCCUCGGCUAUCCUGGUGUAAAGCGUGCCAUCAAGUAUAUCCUACGUGUCCUGCGUGUUCUAACCGGCAUCGCAAAGGAACUGAGCCAGUCAAGCAUUUUACCCGAGGACCCUGCCGAUGAGCAUAGUGACGACGAAUUCGCCUCCUCUUCAUCACUGUCCGACGUGGACGACGAUAGAGAAGAGACGCCGGAUCUGUAUCGUAAUUCGGCACUAGGGAUGCUCGAACCUCGGGGAGAAGAUGAGUCGGAUGAAGGUGACGAAGACGAUGACGAGGACAUGUACGGAGAUGAAUAUGACGAUGACGAGAUGGAUUAUGCUGAGGAUGGUAUUACCGAUGGUGAGGAUGACAUAAGUGAUGAAGACGAUCUUGGUGGCAUGGGAGAAAUUGAGGGUCUCCAUGGAGAACCAGGCGUCGUUGAAGUCAUCAUGGAUGAAGACGAAGAUGAUGAGGAAGACAGCAGCGACGAAGAUGAUGACGACAUGGACUCUGCUGAUAUGGAAGAUGUGGAAGACCGAGUAGAGAUAGUUGACGAGGAUGGGAACCCUCUUGAGGAAGACGGAGACUCGGGAUGGGAGAGCGAAAGCGAUGUUGAAGGAAAUGAUGAUCCAGACCAUGACGCCCUGGACUACGACGCAGAGGUCCAAGAAGAAGGAGAAGCUCAUAUGCAUGGCAUGGCACCAGGGGAUUUGCUUGACAAUAUGGCCCGGGCUAUCAUGGGAGAUGACCGAGGGUACGAUCCGGACCUAGGUUUGGACGACCAUUAUCUCGACGAUGACCAUGAGGAUGGUGAAGAUGAGGACGACGAUGAAGAUAUCGAAGACGACGAAUACAUAUACGACGAAGACUAUCCAGAUGAACAACUGCCCCCUAUGCCAUCGUUGGGGUGGGAUGCUGUCAACCCUGACACAGAUGACAGACAUCGUAAUAUGCUUCUCGUUGAUGGUCACAGACGACCCGUUUUGGCUCGAAUGGACAAUCGUAGUUCAUUCCCCGCCCGUUUUCUCGGUGGAUCUCAUCGCGAUCAAUUGGGAGAGUUCCGUAGCUAUUUUACGUCACGGAACCACAGAUCUACGGGAGCACAACCCAACGCGGAGGAUGGCGUCAAUCCCCUUCUUCGUCGUAGCGACCAAGCAAACGAAGGUUCGCCUCGACCUGGUCAAACUCACGCCCUAGAUGUGAGAAUUCAACCUGGUUUGCUGGGAGGCGGUCGCCAUUCCACGGACGGUCCCAUGGGCCUGUUGGGAGAACUUAUGGAAUUUUUACCAAUUAUGGGACAAAACGGAAAUGGCCAACAGGCUUAUCACUUCCACAUCACCGGACCCGGCGCACAGCGAGAGUUAAGAGAUUUGGGCCCAGCACGGUGGGUCAGAAGUGACAAUCGACGCGACGCUGCAGCCCAGGAGCCUCACCAAGCAGUCUCUUUCACCUCAGAGUCAACCUUGGGUCGCUACCAGGAGGAGGCAAGAAUGAUUUUUGGGGCCAACCACGCCUCCGAAUCCUUUAAGCUUGCCAACAUCAUCACCGCCCAGCUUACUCCCGCCGCAAUGGAGCUCGAGAAGAAGAUCAAGGCCGAGGAAGCAGAGCAUCAGAGACGCGCAGAGGAGGAGCGAAUCAAAAGGGAGGAAGAAGAGCGUCUCGCCCAGGAAUCGAAGGCGGCCGAAGAGAAGGCUGCCAGAGAAGAGGAGGCAAAGGAACGGGAAGAACAGGAACGACUUGCGCGCCAAAGCUUAGCCACGGAAGAAGCCACAGCAGCCGAGCCACCAAACUCCAGAGGAGGAGAGAUGGAAGGUAUCGAGACAUCUGGACCUUCAAACGAGCCUCAAUCUGCAGUGGAACCAGGGUCAACAACGUCCACCACCGAUGAACAGCCUCGAGUCAUGACCACUAUCAGGGGCGAAGAAGUCGAUGUUACGGAGCUGGGCAUUGAUCCUGAGUACCUGGCCGCUCUGCCUGAAGAAUUCAGAGAGGAGGUGAUUGCUCAGACGGUCAGUGAGCGGCGGUCUCAAGCCCGCGAGGAGGCCGCAGCCGGGGAAUCGACAGACGUAUUUCAAGAAUUCCUCGACGCCCUUCCUGACGAACUCCGCCAAGAGAUCGCGCAGCAAGAACGACAAGAAGAACGCCGACGAAACAGAGAAGAGGCUCGUCGCCAAGCAAUUAUUUCAUCUGGACAACCGCCUCCUGCCGAAAUGGACGCGGCCAGUAUUCUGCUCACGUUUCCGCCCGCUCUUCGUGAGCAAGUCCUCAUGGACCAGGGCGAAGAUAUCAUGGAUCAACUGACACCAGAAAUGGCUGCCCAAGCGCGGGCUUUGAGUCAAAACCACCCCCCGCUACCUCAGCACCAAGGCGUCCGCACUAUUGUCACCCCAGGGCGAGGACCACCUCAAGCUGCUACCCGUGACAACAGUGAAGGUAAAGCUCAGCGCCGAGCAGUCGUGCAGAUGCUGGAUAAGUCUGGGGUGGCGACGCUUUUGCGCUUGAUGUUUAUCGCUCAGCAAGGCUCCAUCCGAAACUACUUGUUCAGUGUCUUUGCUGAUGUUUGUGAAAAUCGCCAAAAUCGACUUGAGGUGAUCAGUACGAUUCUCCAGAUUCUUCAAGAAGGCAGCACAGAUAUGAUCGCGGUUGAACGAAGCUUUGGGCAGCUAUCGAUAAAGGCAAGGAAACACAGGGAGCGCGAAACUGACCAAAAAACACCACAGAGCCUUAAAAAGACACUGACAAACUUGGGAACUGCCUCAUCGCACGUCCAACAGACAAACUCGGAGACCUCGCCGCUCUUGAUUGUGCAGCAAUGCUUGGACCUUCUGGUGGAUCUUUGCACGAGGAGUCAGCAUAUACCGUGGUUGUUCUUGACUGAACACGAGGUUGUGGGGUCUACUCUUAAGAGGGCAUUGAGCCGAAAAGGAAAGAUUAAGGACUCCAGGGCUCACAAGUACGCAAUCAACUCUCUGCUGACUUUACUGGAUCGUGAGAUUGUCAUCGAGAGCUCCGUCGUGAUGACAUAUCUCGCCGAUUUACUGAAUCGCGUCACAUUGCCACUCCUUAGUCUGGACCGAAAACGCAAAGACGCUACAGAGGAAGUCAAAAAGGAUGGUCCUGUCGCUACCGAAGGAGAGCAGCAGUCUGCUUCGGCCGAACAACACCAGCAACCUGAGGCAGCUUCAUCCACUGAGCCUUCAGCGGAGCAAGUACCAGCUUCUGAACAAAAUGCCGACGCUGGAGAUCGAGAGCCUCAUCUAUCGAAGAAGGAGCCAGGGUCCAGAAAGCCGAGGCAGUUGCAGCCACCAGUCAUUCCGCCACCGAACCUCACUCUUGUUGUGAAAAUAUUUGUUGCUAGAGAGUGCAGUUCCAAGACGUUCCAGAAUACCAUCUCCACGAUUAAAAACUUGUCGGCCAUCCCGGGCGCGAAGGCUGUCUUCGGACAGGAGCUUGUGAAACAAGCCCGGCUCCUGAGUGAAAAUAUAGUCUCAGACCUAGACGAUCUUCUUCCCCACAUCGACAAGGCCACCUCUGGAACCGAAAUUCAAGGGGUGGCACUUGCCAAGUUCUCUCCGGGAGCCUCUGAGCAAAAUAAGCUGCUGCGCGUUCUGACUGCAUUGGAUCAUUUGUUCGACGGCCGUAAGAAGAGUGGUGAUGGCGCGACAAAGGAGUCCAAAGAGCAUGACAAGCAACACCUGGUCACUUCUCUCUACCACAACUCUACAUUCUCUGCAAUGUGGGAGAAGCUUAGCGCAUGCCUAAAGGCAAUUCGAGAAAGAGAAAACAUGCUCAACGUCGCCACAAUCCUGCUCCCCUUGAUCGAAUCCAUGAUGGUGGUAUGCAAGAACACAACGGCGAGCGAUGAUCUGUCCCAGGGCCAAAUGAGCAGAGGGAUGGUCCUGUCUAGCCCACCGCCGGAAGCCCGGACGGCCAGCCUGUUCUUUACCUUUACGGAAGACCAUCGCCGCAUUCUGAAUGAACUGGUGCGCAACAACCCAAAGCUCAUGUCCGGAACCUUCGCGCUGCUGGUUAAGAACCCCAAGGUUUUGGAAUUCGACAACAAGAGGAACUACUUCAAUCGCAGUGUUCACUCUCGAAACAACCAGAACAGUCGGCCAUCCUACCCCCCCCUGCAACUGUCGGUCCGUCGCGACCACGUGUUCCACGAUUCAUUCCGAUCACUCUAUUUCAAGUCGGGCGACGAGAUGAAAUUCGGCAAGCUUAACAUCCGCUUCCAUGGAGAGGAAGGAGUUGACGCGGGUGGCGUCACACGCGAGUGGUUCCAGGUGCUCGCUCGGCAGAUGUUCGACCCCAACUACGCCCUCUUCACUCCUGUGUCGUCGGAUCGUACUACUUUCCACCCCAAUAAGCUCAGUGGAAUCAACCCCGAGCACCUGAUGUUCUUCAAGUUCAUUGGACGCAUCAUUGGCAAGGCCCUGUACGAAGGUCGUCUGCUUGACUGUUUCUUCAGCCGAGCGGUUUACAAGCGCAUCUUGGGUAAAUCUGUGUCCGUCAAGGACAUGGAAUCUUUUGACCCAGAUUAUUACAAGUCGCUCUGCUGGAUGCUGGAAAAUGAAAUUACAGACAUAAUCACAGAGGCAUUCUCGGUCGAGGAUGACGAAUUUGGCGUUACGAAUGUUGUUGACCUUGUUCCCAAUGGCCGAGACGUUGUCGUCACUGAGGACAACAAGCAUGAAUAUGUCCGACUGGUGGUCGAACACAAGCUGCUCUCGUCCGUUAAGGAUCAGAUGGAAAAGUUUUUGCAAGGCUUCCACGAUAUCAUUCCUGCCGAGCUGAUCUCGAUUUUCAACGAGCAGGAACUCGAACUGCUCAUUUCUGGUCUUCCCGAUAUUGAUAUUGAUGACUGGAAAAGCAAUACGGAGUAUCAGAAUUAUACACCAUCGUCUCAGCAGAUUCAAUGGUUUUGGCGAGCUGUCAGGUCCUUUGAUAAAGAGGAACGCGCCAAGCUGCUCCAGUUUGUGACCGGUACCAGCAAAGUCCCUCUCAACGGAUUCAAGGAGCUUGAAGGCAUGAACGGCAUUAGUCGGUUCAACAUUCAUCGAGAUUAUGGUGACAAGGAUCGACUACCAUCAUCGCACACCUGCUUCAAUCAACUGGAUAUCCCAGAGUAUGAAAGCUAUGACAUGUUGCGGGCUCAGCUUCACAAAGCCAUUACCCAAGGUAGUGAGUAUUUCGGUUUUGCGUAG